CCCGUGCCUCACAUCGUUCAACCCGAGACUAAUUUGGAGCAACCCAUCACCCCCUGCCACUGUUAAGUCUAACCGGAAACCAGGAGAUACAAAGAAAGAAAAUCGCGGAGCCAGAGAGAAGACAGUGAUUCUGUGGGACGCAGUGUGUUCGCAAGAAUGUUCCUACGAGCAAUCGCGCGGCCAUUGAUGGCCAAGGUGAAGCAGACCACGGGAAUUGUAGGGCUUGAUGUGGUGCCGAACGCUCGAGAAGUGCUUAUCGGCCUCUAUACCAAAACCCUCAAGGAGAUCCAAGCCGUUCCUGAGGACGAAAGCUACCGUAAGGCUGUGGAAAGCUUCACGCGCCACAGGCUCAAGGUUUGCCAAGAAGAGGAGGAUUGGGAAAUGAUCGAGAAGCGACUUGGUUGUGGCCAGGUGGAGGAGCUCAUCGAGGAGGCUCAAGAUGAGCUCAAGCUCAUUGGGAAAAUGAUAGAGUGGGAUCCAUGGGGUGUCCCUGAUGAUUAUGAAUGUGAGCUAAUUGAAAAUGAUGCACCAAUUCCUAAGCAUGUUCCUCAACAUCGACCUCCUCCUCUUCCCGAAGAAUUUCACAAGACUCUGGAAGCAGUUAUGUCAAAGCCUAAAGAGGAUACUCCUGCAGUUAGCUCUGGUGAAUCUCCAUCAAAAGCAUAACUUAAUGAUCUAGAGCCUCUGUCUGUCUUUUUAUUUUUAUUUUUAAAAUUUUUUUUGGAGCUUUGGUUUCUCAAUUUGUCUUUACUUUCACUUUUUCCUAUCCUUAAGUUGUUUUCCAUGGUAUGGAGGUUUACUGAAGUAACAGGGUUUUGUUUAAUGUAAGAUGGUGUUGGAUCUUAUGCUUUAACUGAAACAGAAAUGUGGAAUAAUCUUGCAUGACAAGCAAAA